AUGAAGGACGUGCGCAUUCAAGUGAAGGCCAUUCGGGCAUCAUACAACUGGAAGUGGAAAGUGGCAGAAGGAAUAUGCGGGAUAUGCCAGCAGCCCUUUGAGCAAAUGUGCUCUGACUGCGAGCACCCAAUUGAAUGCAUGCCUGCCUCCGGGGACUGCAACCACUGCUACCACAUGCAUUGCAUAAAAAAUUGGAUAGCCACAAAUAGUCUGUGCCCUAUAUGCCGUGCCAAGUGGAAGGUGAAAGAAUAG